AUGUUUUUCGUAGUUUCAUAUCUGAUUUAUUUUGUCUUUCAUUCAUUUCCACUUUCCGUCUCUCUUUCUGUGACUUUCUUUCUUUCUUUCUUUCUUUCUUUCUUUCUUUCUUUCUUUCUUUCUUUCUUUCUUUCAAGUCUUCCUUUCUUUCUUUCUUUCUUUCUUUCUUUCUUUCUUUCUUUCUUUUCAUUCAUUCUUUUCUUUUUUUACUCAUUCAUUUUCCUUUCUCUUUCGUUUGUUUCUCUUAGGAAUUCUCUAAUUUUUCUUUUCUUUUCUUUUUAUCAUUCAUUCUUUUUGCAUUCAUUCAUGUUUUCUUUCUUUCUUUCAUUCUUUUUUCUCUUUCGUUUAUUUUAUUUAUUAAUUCUUUUUUCUUUUCUUUCUUUUCUUUCCACCAUUCAUUCUUUUUUUGCAUUGAUUCAUGUUUUCUUUCUUUCUUUUUUUAUUCCUUUUCUCUUUCGUUUAUUUUAUUUAUUAAUUCUUUUUUCUUUUCUUUCCACCAUUCAUUCUUUUUUUGCAUUCAUUCGUGUUUUCUUUCUUCAUCUUUCUUUCUUUCUUUCUUUCUUUCUUUCUUUCUUUCUUUCUUUCUUUGUAAUUCAUUCAUACUUUCUUUUUUCCCAUUCAUUUUCUCUUUCUUAUUCAUUCAUUUUUUUUGUCAUUUUUUAUUCGUUCAUUUACUUUUUCGUUUUUUUUCUUCCAUUCAUUCGUUCAUUUGUUUCUUUUCUUUCAUUCAUUCAUCCAAUUUUCUUUCAGUUGUUGUACCCUCCCCUCUUUAUUUUUUUCGUUCAGCUAUUUUUCUUUUUUGAUUCAGAUUUCUUUCACAUUCUCUUUUCUUUUUCUUUAAUUUUCUUUGUUAAAUUUUCUUUCUUUCUUUCUUUCUUUUUCUUUCUUUCUUUACCUCUGUAA